UUUCUUCUUUGGUUAAUCUUUUUUUUUUUUUUCGUUUGUUUUAUGGGACAUUGUUUAGUAGUGUGCCUUCUUUUUAUUUUGUUGGGGAUUUAGGGUGAGGAUUGGGGGUUUAUGUCUUAUUUUUAUUGGUUUCUUUAUUUGGGGGGGCUUUUUAUCCGGUUUUUUUUUAUAAGCAUUAAGUUAAUUAAACUAAUAGCCUUCAAAGCUUUAAAUGGUGAGAGUCAUGCUUAGUUGAUAAUAUUUUUAAAUUUGCAAUUUAAUGUUUUAAUUAAACUAAUCAACUUUUGGUUUGGGAGUUUUUCAUGAUAAAAUUUACAAUUUUAUGCCUGGACUUUCGGCCACACAAACCUUGCGAUGGUUGUAUUCUACAAAUCAUAAGGAUAUUGGUACUAUGUAUUUGGUGUUAGGUAUUUGGGCUUCUAUAGUUGGGACUGCUUUGAGUUUGAUUGUUCGGGGGGAAAUUGGGAUGCCAGGUUCUUUGAUUGGGGAUGAUCAAGUUUAUAAUGUUGUUGUAACGGCUCAUGCUUUUGUUAUAAUUUUUUUUAUGGUUAUGCCUAUUAUGAUUGGGGGUUUUGGGAAUUGAUUAGUUCCUUUGAUGUUAGGUGCUCCUGAUAUGGCUUUUCCUCGAAUGAAUAAUAUGAGUUUUUGAUUACUUCCUCCUGCUUUUUUUCUUUUGCUUUCUUCUGCGGCAUUGGAGAGAGGGGCAGGAACGGGUUGGACAGUUUAUCCUCCUCUUUCUUCCUCUUUGGCUCAUGUUGGGGGUUCGGUUGAUCUCACUAUUUUUUCUCUUCAUUUGGCUGGUGUCUCUUCUAUUUUGGGGGCUAUUAAUUUUAUUACUACUAUUAUUAAUAUGCGAAGAAGUGGUAUGGGAUUGGAUCGUCUUCCUUUAUUUGUUUGAUCUGUGAUAGUUACUGCUGUUUUGUUGUUAUUGUCUCUUCCUGUGUUAGCAGGGGCUGUUACUAUGUUGUUGACGGAUCGGAAUUUUAAUACUUCUUUUUUUGAUCCUGCUGGGGGUGGAGAUCCUAUUUUAUAUCAGCAUUUGUUUUGGUUUUUUGGACACCCUGAGGUUUAUAUUUUGAUUUUGCCUGGGUUUGGGAUGAUUUCACAUAUUGUGAGUCAUCAUAUGGGUAAGAGGGAGCCUUUUGGUUCUUUGGGCAUGGUUUAUGCUAUGGUUGCUAUUGGUGGAUUAGGUUUUAUUGUUUGGGCUCAUCAUAUGUUUACUGUGGGUAUAGAUGUAGAUACUCGGGCUUAUUUUACUGCUGCUACAAUGAUUAUUGCUGUUCCUACGGGUAUUAAAAUUUUUAGCUGGUUAGCUACUCUUCAUGGGUCUUAUUUUGUUUUUAGUUCUGCUAUGUUAUGGGCUUUAGGUUUUAUUUUUCUUUUUACUGUUGGGGGGUUGACUGGUGUAAUUUUGGCUAAUUCUUCUUUGGAUAUUGUUUUACAUGAUACUUAUUAUGUUGUUGCUCAUUUUCAUUAUGUAUUAUCAAUGGGGGCUGUGUUUGCUAUUUUGGCUGGUAUUGUAGAGUGGUUUCCUGUAAUUUUAGGUAUUUGUAUGAAUGAGCGGGCUUUGAGGGCUCAUUUUUUUGUUAUGUUUGUUGGUGUUAAUAUGACUUUUUUUCCUCAGCAUUUUUUAGGUUUGAGAGGUAUGCCUCGUCGGUAUUCUGAUUAUCCGGAUGCUUAUUCUUGUUGAAAUUUAGUUUCUAGUUUAGGCUCUUAUGUUUCUUUUAUUGCUACUUUGGCUUUUAUGUGUAUUUUGUGGGAGGGGGUUGUUAGUUCUCGGGGGUUUUCUGGGGCUAGUUUUAUGCCUUCUUUUUCUGAGUGGUCUCAUGGGUUUCCUCCUCAAGAUCAUACUUAUAAUCAUCUUGUGGCUGUUAUUAAGUAGUUAA